AAUAAAGAACUUUCCCUAAGGAAUUUUUUAUGUGUUAAAUUUAUGGAAUUGAUAAAAAUGAGUUGAAUAAACUUUUGUCGGACCUCGUUUGGAUCUCAAAUCAUUGUUCGUAGUGUGAAAAAAAAAGAAGUACAAAAAUGUCCACGGACAGGUUUCACAAAGCAGCCAAAGAUGGUCUACUGGAGGUACUGCGGGAAGCGACACGCAAAGAAUGCAAUAAUAAAGAUGAAUCUGGAAUGACUCCCACGCUGUGGGCUGCUUUCGAAGGACACAUAGAAGCCUUGAGACUACUAUGCGGGCGAGGCGGUGAACCAGACAAGGCCGACUAUUUCGGCAAUACAGCCCUUCAUCUAGCAGCGGCCCGGGGUCACAAGGAAUGUGUGACUUUCCUGGUCAACUUCGGAGCUAAUGUGUACGCUAUGGACGUCGACGGUCACUCCGCUCAGGAGCUGGCCGCUAUUAAUGGCAGAGAGGAUAUACUCCGGUACCUGGACCAGUCUACAGCAAAACUAGAAAACAAUGAUAAGAAGAAAUCGAAAGCGCUCAAAGAGAAAGCCAGAAAAGACUACGAGAAAUCGCAGAAGCAGUAUCAGAAAAGACAGAGCAAAGCUGAUCUCAUGGCCGAGAAGGAAAUGAAGAAGCUGGCCAAAGAGUGGGAACAGGGUUAUGGUGAGGAGGUGUCCACUAUGCCACAUCGGCCCAGCAACGUGCUAAUAGCGCUCAAGCAAAAGAUGAUCAGAUCUACGAGUCAGGGUAACCUCCUGGCGGACGAGCAGCCCCGCCCGACGUACAGCACGCUGGUCGGCACCGUGAACUCGGGCGUCCGGGGCCGCGGCGCCGUCUACAAGAAGGCCCUCGCCAGCAAACUGCGCAACAACACCAUCGGCCGUAAUGGACCGAAUGAUGACUUCAAGGUUGGCGAAUUAGAAACGACCGGUCGUCGCUCUCUGACGUCAUUAUCCGGGCUCCGUCGCGACAGUGAAGUGAUGUACGUGGGCACUCUGGGCGCGGGGCCGCAACACCGGGGCAACGUUACCGACGUGUUCACGGCGGACACCGAUCAGAAGAAACCGCCCUUGACCAGAUCGGCAAGUCAACCGGAUUUCACGGUUCUGUCGGGAGAAGACAGCGGCAUAGGACAGGAGGUGAUGCUGCAAGAGCCCGCCAGUAUAUUCGACAGACCAGGAUUCGGGAGUGUAGCCUUUAGACGGUCCAUAACGGCCACGCUGGGCGCGAUGCCGGGCGCGCCGGGCGAGGACCUGUCCAUCGGCUCGGCGGGGUCACUGGCCGCGCGCCACGCCCCCCGCACCGCCUACCGCCCCGCCGAGUGGACCGAGCCGCACUCAGAGAGCUCGACGAUAACUUCGGACGAGGAGGGGGAGGCCGAUGAGUCCGGCUCGGCGUCCCUAGAGCGUUUCCUGACCGCGUGGGGCCUCUCGCAGUACGUGCAGAAGUUUCGAGACGAACAAAUCGACUUGGAAGCGCUUAUGCUGCUGACCGAGAGCGACAUGAAAUCGCUCGGCCUGCCCCUGGGUCCGUACAGAAAACUCGUCACAGCUGUGCAAGAGAGGAAACAGGCGUUGAAUAACCCGGGACCCAUAGUCGACACGGCGAUCUGACGGCGGCCAUUGUCACUGUCAUCAAUAGCCAGUAUGGAGUUUGUGUGAUUUUUCUUACUAACUAAUAACGUAAUAUUAGUACGGUCAGCAUAACAAUAAUAUCACUUUUAAAUUAUUCCAAAUGUUUAUAUAAACAAAUAUAAUACUGCGGACAAUGAAAGAUUUAACUGCGUUUUCUGUAUUAUAAAUACGAAUUUAUUGACAAUAUAAAAUUAAAACUAUAAUAAAUUAUUCUAACAAAAUAUUGACUCAUCUGUAAAAUAAAUACAAAAAC